ACAACCGACGCGUGACGCCAGUCGCAAAGGUUACAUCCACACAGACGCACUGCGGAGGCGGCCAGAGACGUGCGUUUAAAAAUGAGACAUUUGGGCUUAAUGGAGCGUCAUUUCGGAUAAUGCUGGAGGUUAACGCAGGGUGGACUUGUCUGGGUUUGCUUGGUGCUGCUGCUGUUGUGUGCUCACGCUCUCACUUCAUGAGUGUCCAAAGUAACAGCGGCACGAGAAGUUUGGACGGAGCGCCAUCUUUGGCCAGUCAUCUGUCUCCGACUCCAGGCCUGCAUAUCCCAACGCCUGUGGCUCAUAAAGAAGGAAUGGAAGAGCUGCAGUCUCUGGACCCACGCAGACAAGAGCUGUUGGAGGCACGUUUCAUGGGUGGAGUUAGUGGGAGCACUGGGGGUAGCACGGGAAGCACCAGCGGAGGAGCCAAGGGCCUAAACAAUAACGAAUGCUCCAACCACAGCUUUGGCAGUCUGGGAUCAUCAAGUGACAAAGAGUCAGAGAAUUCUGAUAUAAAAAGAGUAGGGUCUCCUGCAUAUUCGACGCCUGAGAAGAAGCACUCAGAGUCGACACGAAGGAAGAGAAAAGCUGACAACCAAUCAGAGAGCAAUCAAGGGAAGUCUUCCGGCCGAGGGGCAAAGAUCAGCGAUUAUUUUGACUUCCAGGGGGGCAGCGGUUCGAGUCCUGUGAGGGGUGUGACCUCUGCUCUCCGCUCACCGCACGGCUCACACUCUGCCCCUGGAGGCUCCGUCGUCCGCCAGAACAGCUCCUCCCCCACCAGACUCAACUUCACUGAUCACAUGAUCCACCCUAAACAGUUCAGUAGCAGGAGUAUACAGACUGAUCUGACCCUGCUGAAGUUGGCUGCACUUGAAAGCAAUAAGAAUCUGGAUUUGGAGCGUAAAGAAGGCCGUAUUGAUGACUUGUUGAGGGCCAACUGCGACCUCCGCAGGCAGGUCGAGGAACAGCAGAAGCUGCUGGAACGCUAUAAGGAGCGGCUGAACAAAUGUACCACCAUGAGCAAAAAACUCCUCAUUGAGAAGAGUACUCAAGAGAAGCAGGCAUGUAGGGAGAAGAGCAUGCAGGAUCGUCUGCGUUUGGGACAUUUCACCACCGUGCGGCAUGGGGCAUCGUACACGGAGCAGUGGACAGACGGAUACGCCUUCCAGAACCUUGUUAAGCAGCAGGAGUGGGUGAACCAGCAGAGAGAGGACAUCGAGAGGCAGCGGAAGCUUCUAGCAAAGCGCAAACCCCCCAACAUACCCCCUUCUCAAAGCCCUGCCCCCUUCACAGACUCCAAACCCAGAAAGACCAAAACAGUGAACGGAGCCGACAAUGACACCUUCCUCAAACCCAGCCUGCCUACACUAUUGACUUUAGCAGAAUAUCAUGAACAGGAAGAAAUCUUCAAACUGCGACUGGGGCAUCUUAAAAAGGAGGAAGCAGAGAUACAGGCUGAGCUGGAGCGUUUGGAGAGAGUGAGAAAUUUACACAUCCGUGAACUGAAGAGGAUCAGUAAUGAGGACAGUUCACAGUUUAAGGACCACCCCACACUCAAUGACCGUUAUCUCCUCUUACACCUGCUGGGUAGAGGAGGCUUCAGUGAGGUUUAUAAGGCCUUUGACCUGUUUGAGCAGCGUUAUGCAGCUGUGAAGAUUCACCAGCUCAACAAGAACUGGAGAGAGGAGAAAAAGGAGAAUUACCACAAACACGCCUGUAGGGAAUACCGAAUCCACAAACAACUGGACCAUCCCAGGAUAGUCAAACUCUACGACUACUUCUCUCUGGACACUGACACGUUCUGCACAGUUCUGGAGUUCUGUGAGGGGAACGAUCUGGACUUCUACCUGAAGCAGCACAAGCUGAUGACAGAGAAGGAGGCGCGCUCCAUCGUCAUGCAGAUCGCCAAUGCGCUGCGUUACCUCAACGAGAUCAAACCGCCCAUUAUCCACUACGACCUAAAACCAGGCAACAUUCUCCUCGUGGACGGGACUGCGUGUGGAGAGAUUAAAAUCACAGACUUCGGCCUAUCAAAGAUCAUGGAUGACGAUAACUAUGGUGUGGACGGCAUGGAUCUGACCUCCCAGGGAGCAGGCACCUACUGGUAUUUACCUCCGGAGUGUUUUGUUGUUGGUAAAGAGCCUCCAAAGAUCUCCAACAAAGUAGAUGUUUGGUCUGUCGGUGUCAUCUUCUUCCAGUGUCUGUACGGACGCAAGCCGUUUGGUCAUAACCAAUCUCAGCAGGACAUCCUUCAGGAGAACACCAUCCUCAAGGCCACGGAUGUGCACUUCCCUCCCAAACCCGGCGUUAGCAAUGAAGCGAAGGUCUUUAUUCGUCGCUGUCUGGCAUACAGAAAAGAGGACCGUUAUGACGUUCACCAGCUUUGCAGCGACUCCUACCUGCUCCCGCACAUCAGGCGAUCCAAUUCAUCAGGAAACCUGCAGGCCACACCCUCUAGCCCCGCCUCCUCCGGCAUCAUCUCCUACUGAUCUGUCCUGCUGGAAGGAUGACUGAUGUUUCCUCACCUCCCCACCCUGUGUGGGUGGAAGGGGGAGGGUCCUAUAUGCCAGCGCACGAGCCUAGCCACGCCCUCGGCUCGACGCAGUUGCCGUGGUGAAGAAUGAGAAUAGCUGAAGUCGCCUCCACCCUGCGUCUGAUUGGUUGGCACUGUGUGUGAAGCAGUUUCACAGAGGUGCUUUUCUGCAGCUGUGAACUGCACAGGGUGGCUGUGUGUGCUUACACAACUCCAGCACUGUUAUGGGUGUGUGUGUGUGUGUGUGUGUGUAGGCGUGUCACGUGUUGCAGGGACUAUGAUGUAUGUUUAUUUGUGUGUGCACGCAGACGUGUUGCGUCUCCUGUAGCCAACAUUAAGUGUAUGUUCAGAUUCCUGAACAUGUCAGGCAUGACUGGUAAACUGUGUGUGUGUGAGAGAGCCAGAACACAGUGCUCAUGGGUGUGCUUGUAAUGGAACCAGUGUUAGCAUAUGGACUGUCCUGGGUGAGUUGUGAUGUCUGGAUGCAGGCAGUCACAGCCCCAGCGUUAAAUCUAAUAGUUUUUUUUGUCAAAAGCAAUUUUCACUUUGCUGCUUCCCAGUGUUGCUUUAGUUAGGUCUGGUUUUCUUUAGCUGUAUGGUUUAAUAUAGAAGUCAUACAUUAAAGGGUCAGAAAAUAAUAGCAUGUUGAUUAAAAGUUUUUCUGAACUUUAUGUAUGUGCGUGACUGCUAGGUGUGUGUGGCGAAUAAUUCUAACUAAUGAGGCAGGAUGAGUGCCGGACUCCGCUCAUGAUGAUGCCUGUGUUUCGACUCUUUUGUUGCUAAGCAACCUGUGCCCAGCUGAGCCUGUACAGCCACUGUGAACAGGGUGGACAAAGGCCACACCCUCCUUGGGAUGGGGGUGUGUCCAGCAGGGCGGGGCUACAUUACAGCUGCUCCUCCCCCAGCCCUGGUUCCAGCUCAGCACCUGUGAUCUGCCUCUGAACCGCUGCUGCAGUUGUAGGGAAUGUAGCCAAACAAGAAAUAAAGACUCAAGUUAUUUUAACACAA